GGCCGCCACCCGACGACGACGACGAGUCGUCCGACUCGGGAUCGUUGUAGUCAAAGAGCGACGACGACUCGAGGAUCGAGUCGGAUGACGAGAGCGCGUCAAAGACGUUCUCCGACGACGAGCAAGCGUCCGAGGCAAAGACAGAGGUGGCGGCACGGCGACCGGCGUCCUCACCGCCAAACAGGCCGGACGAGUCGUCCGAGAGCGAGGCGUCGUCCGAAUACGGCACGACGUCGUACGACUCGUCGUCGCCCGAGCCCGGGUCCGAGCCGCGAGUUGCCACCCGUGCCAGCAGGAUCUUGAGCGCCUCCUUGAAAAACGCAAUGUGCUCGCCGUUGCCGGUGUUAAGAUGGCCGGUACCGUCGACGUCGACCGCGCGGAAGGCCUUGACCAGAUCCGCCACCUUGAGGUACUCAAAGUCAGACGAGGUGGCAAAGAACUUGCGGAACUUGGAGAUGACCCGCGCCUUGGGCACAUACCCGAUCCCGUGGUACCCGACGACGUCGUCGACAAAGUCAAAGGCGUGCGAGUCGGAUGGGUAGAGGAGCCACCGCUCGACCGCCGUCGCGAUCCGUCGCUUCUGGAUCCGCACGUACCGCGCGUCCAUGUCCUUCAUGUUCUUGAGCUUGAGGUCGAUGAGCUCGUGGUUCUCGCCCUUGUACCACGGCACAGGAUCCGUGUCAAGCAUCUCCUCCACCCCACCCACCGCCGCCCCGCGCCGUCGGUGGUGCCUGCCGUGCCGCCCGUGCUUGCCGCCGUGCGACGACCGUGACCGCCUGCUCCGCCGCCGCAUCACCC